AUGGCUUGGGGUUUAGCUGCAAGUAAUGAAUUCGGCCAGAUCGACAAAUUUCCAUUUGUCACCACUCUCACCCAGCCACUUCAGUCCAUUGGCUUCUGCGUCCUACAGGUGCUCGCCAAUUUUGGAUGGAAUAUUGUCUCGAUUCUUUACUCGGAGAGUGAGAUUCCUUAUUGUUCGACACUUGUGGAUUCAUUCGUGACAGCGGUAAGCGAUCCUGCAAAUACCUUUAUACCGACGAUUGCCGUCAAGCAGGUUUUGGAUCUCAAAAACACCGAAGCUUAUUCGCGAGCACUUCGACAAGCACAACAACUUAUUCUGUUCUGUAUGGACCUAGCUUUGGAAAAGCGAGCCUUCCUGGCUAAAAUAUCGGACGCUGGUAUGAUUACGGAUGAAUACGUCUACAUUAUGUUGUCAAUGAGGAGUCAAGCUUUUGGUCAAACCGGAAUAGGACACCAGAUCCGUAAGUUUUUGCAGGUGAUUUCACUCCAACUCCUAUGGGUAGUUCUCCUUACCCAAGAUCCCAUAGGAUCAAAAGCCACGGAUUCACAUCGUUACAUUGGUAGUGAGGACAGGGCUUUGCAUGAGUAA